AACUUAAAAGCGUUUUUUCCUCUGUAACCAAGAAAAAAGAAAACUAAACUUAAAAGCGAUCGAGAGGAUGCGCAAGGUUCUAUUUCCGUACAAACGCCAAACAACUUUUCUUUUCUUUCUUCCAUUCUUCCUUUCUGGGGUUGCGGCUGACUCGAGUUGAGUCCAGCACCACAAAGGAAGAAGAAGAAGAAGAAGAAGAAGAAGAAGAAGGCGGCGGUUACCGAAUUAUUCGGCGGCCGGAGUGGGGUCCAGGAAGAAGGCGACGGUUACCGAUUCUGAUUCUCUCUCUCAAUCUCUCUCUCAAUUUUCUUUGUUUCUAUUGGCCGGUUAACUGCAUGCACCAGCACCACACCACAAAGAAUCGGAAUCGGAAUCUCUUCACUUGAAAUUAAGCAAGCAAGCCAAUUCAAAGCAGAGAACCAGAACCCCUAACCGCCGCACUUCGCCGUGAACCGCCAGAUCCCUUAUCCAUAAAAGAUGGUGGUCGAAAACGCUUCCUUAGCCAGCCUUAGCCACCGUCGAGAUUCCGGCAUUGAGGAGGCCAUAGAUGGUGUGCCUAUACAAACUGACUCCAAAUUCUACGAUGACGAUGGCCGUCUUAAGAGAACAGGAAACGUUUGGACUACAAGUUCCCACAUAAUAACAGCUGUGGUAGGUUCUGGGGUGCUCUCCUUAGCCUGGUCCAUAGCUCAGAUGGGUUGGAUCGCUGGUCCUGGAGUGAUGAUCUUCUUCAGUGUCGUCGCUUUGUACACUUCAUCAAUUCUAGCUGAAUGCUAUCGUUGUGGCGAUUCCCAUUUUGGGAAGAGAAACUACACUUUCAUGGACGCAGUUCAGAACAUUCUUGGUGGGUUCAGUGUUACAAUAUGUGGGAUAGUUCAGUACUUGAAUCUUUUUGGAAGUGCAAUAGGAUAUACAAUUGCGGCUUCCAUGAGCCUCAUAGAAAUCAGAAAGUCUUUCUGUUUGCAUUCCUCUGGUGGAGAAGACUCAUGUCAUGUGUCCGGCUACCCAUACAUGAUGGCUUUUGGAGCAAUACAGCUUUUCUUUUCUCAAAUUCCAGAUUUUCAUAACAUGUGGUGGCUCUCAAUAGUUGCUGCAAUCAUGUCUUUUGGCUAUUCCACAAUUGGUCUCUGUCUUGCAGUUUACAAAAUUACAGAAACGGGCAGUUUCAUGGGUAGCCUCACAGGAAUAAGCAUUGGAACUGUGACACCGGUUCAAAAAGUAUGGGCGGUUUUCCAAGCUCUUGGUAACAUAGCCUUCGCCUAUUCAUAUUCUUUCGUUCUCCUUGAAAUUCAGGACACCAUCAAAUCUCCACCAUCUGAAGUAAAUACAAUGAAGAAGGCUACAAAGUUAAGUAUUGCAGUGACUACAACGUUUUAUAUGCUUUGUGGCUGCAUGGGCUAUGCUGCUUUUGGAGACUCAGCACCUGGGAACUUACUCACUGGAUUUGGCGUCACCAAAGCUUAUUGGAUUAUUGACAUUGCUAACGCUGCUAUCGUAAUUCACCUUGUGGGAGCAUACCAAGUGUAUGCCCAACCCCUCUUCGCCUUCAUUGAGAAAGAGGCAGCAAAAAAAUGGCCCAAAAUUGACAAGGGAUUCAAAGUUAAAAUACCUGGUCUUCCAUCCUACAACCAGAACAUAUUUAUGUUAGUUUCGAGGUCAGUGUUUGUUAUCAUCACCACUCUCAUAGCAAUGCUGAUUCCAUUCUUCAAUGACGUUCUGGGAGUGAUUGGAGCACUCGGGUUUUGGCCUUUAACUGUUUACUUUCCAUUGGAGAUGUACAUCAUACAAAAGAAGAUCCCAAGAUGGAGCACGAAAUGGAUUCUUAUGGAAUUGAUGAGCGUGUUCUGCCUCUUAGUAUCAGUCGUGGCUGGUCUCGGCUCAGUGGUCGGUGUUCUGCUCGACCUCCAGAAAUACAAAGCAUUCAGCUCAGACUUUUAAAUGUUUGAAUUUCCGUUGAGCUCAAUGCUACGUUUGAGUCAACGUGGCCAAAGUCUUUGAGAUGUGUCUUCUCCAUUUGCGAGGAAACCAAACUGGCAGGUAGCAAGAAAGGUUAUGGCUGUGGCCUAAUUGUAAUGUUAUCUUUUAGCUUGCUUACAUUUAAGAAAUGGCACUUCAGAAUAAUUGCUGUUGAAUAUCGUGUUAUUUUCAAUCUACGUUUUUUAUUUAAUUUGGAUUAUUCGGUACCAAAUUGUAUAUAGUACUACCAUCAUAUCUUGAAAAAAGUAAAGGCAUAUCUUAAGAUUUCUGCUUCUAUAUAAUUAUUGAAGUUCCAUGUUA